AUGUCUGAUUGUCCCAUCAGUUACAAGUGGCAGCGUUUUUACCGCCUCAGUUACAACUACCCAGGCUUCUACAACAUCGGUUACAACAACACCGGCUUCUACAACAUCGGUUACAACUACACCGGCUUCUACAACACCGGUUACAACUACACCGGCUUCUACAACAUCGGUUACAACUACACAGGCUUCUACAACAUCGGUUACAACAACACCGGCUUCUACAACAUCGGUUACAACUACACCGGCUUCUACAACACCGGUUACAACUACACCGGCUUCUACAACAUCGGUUACAACUACACAGGCUUCUACAACAUCGGUUACAACUACACAGGCUUCUACAACACCGGUUACAACUACACCAGCUUCUACAACAUCGGUUACAACUACACAGGCUUCUACAACAUCGGUUACAACUACACCGGCUUCUACAACAUCGGUUACAACUACACCGGCUUCAACACCAUCGCUUCUACAACACCGGUUACAACUACACCGACUUCUACAACAUCGGUUACAACUACACCGACUUCUACAACACCGGUUAGCUUCUACAACACCGGUUACAACUACACCAGCUUCUACAACACCGGUUACAACUACACCGACUUCUACAACACCGGUUACAACUACACCGGCUUCUACAACACCGGUUACAACUACACCGACUUCUACAACACCGGUUACAACUACACCGACUUCUACAACACCGGUUACAACUACCCAGGCUUCUACAACACCGGUUACAACUACACCGACUUCUACAACAUCGGUUACAACUACACCGGCUUCUACAACAUCGGUUACAACUACACAGGCUUCUACAACACCGGUUACAACUACACCGACUUCUACAACACCGGUUACAACUACACCGGCUUCUACAACAUCGGUUACAACUACACCGGCUUCUACAACAUCGGUUACAACUACACAGGCUUCUACAACAUCGGUUACAACUACACAGGCUUCUACAACAUCGGUUACAACUACACAGGCUUCUACAACACCGGUUACAACUACACCGACUUCUACAACACCGGUUACAACUACACCGGCUUCUACAACAUCGCAACUACACAGGCUUCUACAACAUCGGUUACAACUACACCGGCUUCUACAACACCGGUUACAACUACACCGACUUCUACAACAUCGGUUACAACUACACAGGCUUCUACAACACCGGUUACAACUACACCGACUUCUACAACAUCGGUUACAACUACACAGGCUUCUACAACAUCGGUUACAACUACACAGGCUUCUACAACACCGGUUACAACUACACCGACUUCUACAACAUCGGUUACAACUACACAGGCUUCUACAACAUCGGUUACAACUACACAGGCUUCUACAACACCGGUUACAACUACACCGACUUCUACAACAUCGGUUACAACUACACCGACUUCUACAACACCGGUUACAACUACCCAGGCUUCUACAACAUCGGUUACAUCUACCCAGGCUUCUACAACACCGGUUACAACUACACCGACUUCUACAACAUCGGUUACAACUACACAGGCUUCUACAACAUCGGUUACAAUUACACAGGCUUCUACAACACCGGUUACAACUACACCGACUUCUACAACACCGGUUACAACUACCCAGGCUUCUACAACAUCGGUUACAUCUACCCAGGCUUCUACAACACCGGUUACAUCUACCCAGGCUUCUACAACAUCGGUUACAACUACACAGGCUUCUACAACAUCGGUUACAACUACACCGGCUUCUACAACACCGGUUACAACUACACCGACUUCUACAACAUCGGUUACAACUACACAGGCUUCUACAACACCGGUUACAACUACACCGACUUCUACAACAUCGGUUACAACUACACAGGCUUCUACAACAUCGGUUACAACUACACAGGCUUCUACAACACCGGUUACAACUACACCGACUUCUACAACAUCGGUUACAACUACACAGGCUUCUACAACAUCGGUUACAACUACACAGGCUUCUACAACACCGGUUACAACUACACCGACUUCUACAACAUCGGUUACAACUACACCGACUUCUACAACACCGGUUACAACUACCCAGGCUUCUACAACAUCGGUUACAUCUACCCAGGCUUGCUUCUACAACACCGGUUACAACUACACCGACUUCUACAACAUCGGUUACAACUACACCGACUUCUACAACACCGGUUACAACUACCCAGGCUUCUACAACAUCGGUUACAUCUACCCAGGCUUCUACAACACCGGUUACAACUACACAGGCUUCUACAACACCGGUUACAACUACACCGACUUCUACAACACCGGUUACAUCUACACCGGCUUCUACAACACCGGUUACAACUACACAGGCUUCUACAACACCGGUUACAACUACACCGACUUCUACAACACCGGUUACAACUACACAGGCUUCUACAACAUCGGUUACAACUACACCGGCUUCUACAACAUCGGUUACAACUAUACCGGCUUCUACAACACCGGUUACAACUAUACCGGCUUCUACAACAUCGGUUACAACUACCGAGGGUCAUUCGGCAUCAGUUACCAUUCCAUUACCGAUGCUCGUCUCAGAGGAUGGACAGGCAACUCUCCUAUCCCAUAG